AUGAAGGAUAGGCUUAAAAAUAUAAAUGACACUAAUUCGGAUCUUCAAACAAAAAUUAUUAAUACCGAAAGGGAAUUAGAAGCAUCAAAUAAGAAUAUUACAGUACUUAAUGAUAAAAUCAAAUCACUUGAGGAGGAGAUUAAGAUAUUAGAUAAGCAGAGAAUCAAAGAUGAAGAGAGAAAAAAAGUAUUAAAAAAAUUAAAUGACACGUAUAAAGAUCUACAGGAUACUUGUAACAAGAUAAGGCGAGAGAAAAUUGAUGAGGAAACAAAGAAAUAUAAAGAUAUAUUGAAAGAUACAGAGAGAUCAUUAAAUGAUAAUGAUGAGUUUUCGUCUACUCAAAGAUGUGACAGUGCUAAGAGAGAUAUAAAUAAAUGUUGUUGCUCUAAUAACGCGAGGUUAAUUGAAUGUGAGUUCAGACUUCUAAUAGAAUAUAUUUUUCCUAUAAGAUGUUAUAACCUGGGAUCUGAAGGAACAUGUGAUUAUAUAGAAACUAACAAUGGACCUGAAAGAAAUGAGAUUAUGAAUCUUGAUAUUGACAUUAAAUCAUAUAAAAAUAAAACUUCUACUGUUACAAUAAACGAAAAGACAAAGCAAGAAAUCACCUGUGAAAAUGAUAAUAAAAUUGACUGUAUCGAUGUAUGUUUGAUAUAUACUUAUAAUAUCUCAAGAAAAUUAAAAGAUAAUAAUUAUAAUAUUUAUUACGAUAAACAAAGUAUUAUUACUGAUAAGGAUAAAGAUAUUACUGUUAAAAUUGAAGAUUUUAAAAUUUUAAUUCGUUGUAAAUUUAGACCUAUGAGAAAUGUUUGUUAUAAUGAUAUGAAUAUGUUUGCAUCUACAUUAAUGCACACUCAGGAAAUCAAUUAG